CUCAACAGCGUGCCCUCCGUUAUUCUCAGGCUUGGAUUUUGUCCAUAACCCCUUGAUUUAACAGGCUUGAGCCAUUUUCUCUUUGAUCCCGCCCCAAGUCAGUGGUAAACUCAAAGGAAUGCAGAUAGAGCGCUCGGCGGGAGAGGUCGGCGCGGCGGGGCGGGGGCACCGUCUCUCUCCAGCCCCGAAGUGCCCAGCCCACCCCCGCCAGCCGGGCCGGGAUGGGAGGAGGAGGAAGAGGAGGGGCAUGGGGCAGGCUGGCUCCAGCCAGGAGGUCAUGCAUAAUUCAACAGCUCCACUUUCGGCCCGCCUCUUUCCUAGGGGUGGGAGUUUGCAGCAAACUUUGUUUAUGGGACAGUCCGGGAGCCUUGGCGGCCGCGCUCGUCUGCGUCUUCGCUGUCGCCUCCUCGCGCAGUGCGAGCGCCUGGGGCCGGCUCCGGGGAUAAAGAUGAAUCCGUCUUCGGUGCCCCCUUCGCUCCCGCCGCCAGGGCAGCAAGUCAUCCACGUCACGCAGGACCUCGACACGGACCUCGAAGCCCUCUUCAACUCUGUCAUGAACCCCAAGCCCAGCUCUUGGCGGAAAAAGAUCCUGCCAGAGUCCUUCUUCAAGGAGCCCGAUUCUGGAUCGCACUCGCGGCAGUCCAGCACCGACUCAUCGGGCGGCCACCCCGGGCCUCGACUGGCGGGCGGCGCGCAGCACGUCCGCUCGCACUCGUCGCCUGCAUCCCUGCAGCUAGGCACUGGUGCGGGCGCCGCUGGAGGCCCUGCACAGCAGCACGCGCAUCUCCGUCAGCAAUCCUAUGACGUGACCGACGAGCUGCCACUGCCCCCCGGGUGGGAGAUGACCUUCACGGCCACUGGCCAGAGAUACUUCCUUAAUCACAUAGAAAAAAUCACCACAUGGCAAGACCCUAGGAAGGCGAUGAAUCAGCCCCUGAAUCAUGGGAGUCUCCACCAUGCCAUCACUUCCACAUCAGUACCACAAAGGUCCAUGGCAGUGUCCCAGCCGAAUCUUGUGAUGAAUCACCAACACCAGCAACAAGUCGUACCCAGUAACCUGAGUGCACAGAACCACCCAACUCCGAACCCACCCUCGGGGCUCAUGAGUGUGCCCAAUGCGCUGACCACUCAGCAGCAGCAGCAGCAGAAACUGCGUCUUCAGAGGAUCCAGAUGGAGAGAGAGAGGAUCAGGAUGCGUCAAGAGGAGCUCAUGAGGCAGGAAGCUGCCCUCUGCAGACAGCUCCCCAUGGAAGAGACCAUGGCCUCUGUCAACCCGCCUGCUAUGACCACAGAUAUGAGGUCCAUCACCAACAAUAGCUCAGAUCCUUUCCUCAAUGGAGGACCCUAUCAUUCAAGGGAGCAGAGCACGGACAGUGGCCUGGGGCUGGGGUGUUACAGCGUCCCCACAACUCCAGAAGACUUCCUCAGCAACAUGGAUGAGAUGGACACAGGAGAAAAUACUGCUCAGACACCCAUGGCCAUCAAUCCCCAGCAGACCCGCUUCCCUGAUUUCCUCGACUGCCUUCCAGGAACCAACGUUGACCUAGGGACUUUGGAGUCUGAAGAUCUGAUCCCUCUCUUCAAUGAUGUAGAGUCUGCUCUGAACAAAAGCGAGCCCUUUCUAACCUGGCUGUAAUCAUUAUCGUUGUCACGUGAUGCAGCUGCGACCUGACAUUUCCUGGGCCUCAUGGAACAAGAGAUGGAGCCAAGCCGGUCUGCAGGUGCACGGCUCUCAGCCUCCAUACUCAACACUCCUUCUUGUCCAUGUGGCCAGCUAAUCAUGGCCUGCUUCUGAUUUACAAGAACUUAAGUUACACAUAAAUAAAUGUUCUCUUUUCAUCUUCUGCAAGCCUGCAUUUCUGUGACAGAUCAUGCAGAACUGAUGAUGCAGAAUAACCUUUUAAAAAUCCCCGCUACCCUAGGGCUGAGCUUUAUAGGAAUUAGCUGAAAUUCAUAUAUCCCUUGAUUCUAAGCCAUAAAAGCUGACCACAGGCAGUGAAUUCUGACAGGGAGCUUGGUCCAGGAAAUGUGCACAAAGACCAGAUUAACAGUUUCGAAAACUGUACUGGUGACCCUAGUGACCAAUGCUUUAAAACUUAUUUAACUUGAUCUUUAAAAGUCAUUGUAUAGCUAGUGAGUUUCCGCUGUAUGGAAUACAGUGCAGUUUGGAAUCCGUGCCGGCUCUGCUGUCUCUUCUCCUUCUGUAUUUACAAGGGCACAGGGUCCCCAUGUCACCCCUCUUGUCAUUUUACUGCAGAGCAUUCAGCAGCUUAGUCCUUCGAGCAGAAGGGUCAUUGCAGCGUUGGUCACAGGUCUUGCAUGACAGAUUGUGUGAAAGAGACCAGUUUGGUACUAAUAGGGACAAUUAUGAGACAAAACUACUUUUUAAUUGCAACCUGUAUUCUUGCAAAAUGCAGCUUAGAAUUUGAUGUUUGUUUUAUAAAAUACUGUAAUUUUGUGGCUUAUGACAAAGGGCAGCCAAAUGUUGUUGAUGCAUCAGUGGCAACUAUAUUUCUGUCUUUUGACCUAUUCUGAAAACAUCAGGCCGGCAUAGAUCUUACUCAGCCUGAUGACGCACGAAUUAGCUGUUGCGUUUUGUAUUCUGAGGCAUUAUCAAUUCUGCUUUCGAGUUUUCAAGUGCUUAAAAUAGUCAUGUCUGUAGAACUGUUUGAAGAAUGAAGCAGAUAUCUAAGUAUACAGAAAGGCGCUGUCAGGGCGUAGUGUAUAUAUAGAUGUGUGCUUCUGAAUUGAGUAAAAUUGAUUCCUAAGUAUGUUAUCCUAAUCCUUUUGCUAAGUUGGUACAAAAAGGGCAUAAGAUAUGUACUUAAUACCUCUUAUGUAACCAACUUUUUUUAUUAGCUCUUAAGGACUGAAAGCAUCAUGUUCAUUUGGCAGGCAGUGUGCCUGCACUAGCAAUGAAGUCCUUAGCUGUUUAUUGUUUUGAACUGACAUUAUUUAUAAUCUAUGAAUUUAAUCUCUUUUUUAUUUUUUAUUUUUUGAAAGACAUCAAGAAUCCGGGAGGAAACUUUCAAUUUCCAUGAGGGUGAGGGCUUUUUUUGUUGAGGAUCUUUAAUAAGAUCCUUUUCGGUCCAUUGGAAUAUAAAUGCACAGAGUACAUUUGGUCUUGGUGGGAAGAGGCAAGUGAAAGGUCAGAGACGAAGCAGUCAAGCUGUGGAAUAUGGCGGAAAAGCCAGUCGAUGGGAAAUGAACCAGGCAUGUCAGAACCCCUCAAAGGCAAGGCAAGCAAGACGGCUGAGAAGCGCCCCAAAGAACAAAGCAACAGCUUUCUCUCAGCCUUUGUAUCAAAAGACCCUACUGUCAGAGAGAAGAGGGCUAGGGCCGCACUUUCCCGGGGAGGGGCAGAGAGGAGGAAGGGGCGGGGCUUGGCGCUCUGUCUAUGUACUCGCUGAACAUGGCAGCAGACCAGAGCGCGGACUCCUGUUGCUUCCGGCGCCCUUAAGUGGUUUCUCUUUUCCUUGAAGAACCCUCAAUUAAUGUCCAGUUAAUUCCUUGCUCUCUCUGAGCACUCUGAGAGGGGCGAGUAGGCAUUUAUGUUGCUACUAGGUUGAAAGGGAGCACUCUUUCGUUUUCUCUUUUGUUAGCAAAAAUUGCAAAAAGAGAUGUACAUUCUUUCUGAGGAAAAUCAAAAAUAAACCAAAACACAAGGGACCUAACAAAACUCGACAGUGUUACUGUAUUUAAAGAUAUUUUUAUACAUGCAUUUCAGGUUAUUAAAUGUAAAAAAAAGAUACUCUUUUUUUUUUAAAAAAAAAGUUAAAUCAUUGAUGGUUUAUGUUACCAAGUUUUAGAAGCAAUUUUCUAAUAAGCUUGUGGCAUUAUGAAAUAUUAGAAUAAUUUUUUAGUAAAUUAGUUUAAACAUUUUUAAUGAAUAUAGUAUUUUUCUAGAAUAAAAUAUGGCCCCUGACUGUUUACUAAUCGAUAAAGCCAGAUAUAAUUUCUGUUGUUGUUGUUUUUAAGACCAUAAAAUAUGGCUUUUGUUAAAGAGAGCUAAAACUAGAAAUCAGAAGGCAAUACCUUUUAUUUUUUUCUAGUUCUGAUUGAACCCAUGUAAGUGCUCUGCAACCGAGCUAUAGCCCCAGCACUUAGAGCAAUCUCUUGAUGGUUCUUUAGUAUUACUGUAAGUAUUAAUACUCUCUAAGAAUUCAUAAUAAGGUGCUAUUCAUAUACUAUCUCGUACUAUAGGACAUCUGUCAGACUAUCUAGUCGUCUUAGUCCUAAAUCAAUAAAUUUUACCAUAUCAUCUCCAAAUUUUGUCCUAGGAUAGGCAAUUUUUUAAAAGUUGGAUCAAGAUGUGUUUCCCAGUAAGAUACGCCUUAUUGAAGCAUUUAAAUAGUGAGAACAUCAUGAUUUUGUUAACAUUAGGUGAUUUUUUUAGGCAGCGUUUCACUGUAGUAUUUAGGAUGUAAGAUGUAUUUCUUUCAGUGAUUCCCCAGUGUGUGAGAAGCACAUAAAAGAGAACAAGCUUUAGCCUCCUGGGCACGGCUCAGCAGAAAGGAAUUUGCAGAAGGUGACGUGAAGUGACGGAUGUGUCACCGAGUACUGUGUUCUUACGAUGUCAUUAGAGGCAACUUCUGAAUGGACAACUUUCAGAAAAAAAAUGGAAAAGAAAACAAAACAAGCCAUUCAAAAAAAGGACACUAUAGAUUAAUUUAACUGGGAAAAUGGGUGAUUGACAGAGACAAUUUCCCUGACACUAUAUUAUACACAUGCUAAUACUUUAACUUAAUUUUUUUUUUACUUCUACAUUUUAUCAAAUGAGACCUGUGUUGUUGAUUUCUAAUCCAGUAUGUUCUGCAUACAGGAAAUAUGCAGCCAAAUCCAUCAAAUCAAACCAUUUUAUCUGGAGUUUGGUACAGGUUUUAAUUCUCAAUUCUGUAUAAAAAAAUAAAUAUGAUUGAACUUCCA